CUUAUAUAGUUAAGGAGGAGGGGCUGGAAUAUUAGCCACUCAUAUGUGGGUGUCACCCACUCAGAACAUGGUCAGUAUAUAAGUACACAUGCAGUAUAUACACACUGCAUGUCUUGUCUUCAACAGUGCAACAGACCUCCCUUUCCACAGUCAGGAUGGGUUCCGGAAACUCUAUUCCAGCAGGCGAAGAUCUGAGAAUUGUGAUGAUUGGAAAAACCGGAGUGGGAAAAAGUGCAGUUGGAAACACGAUUCUCGGAAAACAAGCUUUUAUAUCUUCUCCCAGUAGCAUUUCAGUGACUAAUACUUGUCAGAAACAGUCAGUUACUAAGAAAAGGCUGAUAGACGUGGUGGACACACCAGGGAUUUUAGAUACAACAAAAGAAGCUGAGGACAUAAAUAGAGAGAUAGUGAAAUGUGUUCAGCUGUCCUGCCCAGGUCCUCAUGUGUUCCUGCUGGUGAUCCAGAUUGGAAGAUUCACCAGGGAAGAGCAGAACUCAGUGAAGGCUCUGGAGGAGCUGUUUGGACCUGAGGCCUCCAAGUACAUGAUCGUGCUGUUCACUCAUGGGGAAAAACUAAAAGGUCGCACAAUACAAAACUUUGUGCACAGCGGCAAUCCGAAGCUCAGAGAGGUGAUCCAGCGCUGUGGCAGCAGGUUCCAUGUGUUUGACAACACAGGACACAAAAGCAGACGUCAAGUCGUUCAACUGAUCAAGAUGAUUGACAAGAUGGUGGCAGCGAACGGGGGAGGAGCCUACACUGAUGACAUGUACAGAGAGGUGGAGGGAAAGAUGCAGCAGGGAACAAUGUAUCACGAGGCUGGGAGAACGAUGCAACAGCAAAAUCCUGGGAGAGAAUUAUCUCAAAAUUAUGAUUUCCGUCCUUCUCUCAUGGAAAGAGUCCACAUGUUUCAGAUGAUUCUUGAAUUAGGUGAAAAGAUACAUGAGGAGAAUAGAGGCCUUAGACAGGGACGGAUGACUUCUACUAACAUUGUUUUUAGAUAAAACAAGUCAAUUAAAAACAUAUCUUCUUUAAAAUUAAGGUUAAAAGGCUUUUCCUUAUGUGUCGGCUUUUGAGUGUAUGGAUUAUGUAGCCGACAUGUCAUAUUUGUAGUUGUAGAGAAUCUAUAUUUAUUUCAAGACAACCUCUUUCCAUGUUCUUUUUAUUGUGUUUACUUCCCUAAUACUUUCUCCUGAUUAAUUUGAUUUCAACAAAUAGUACAUACAAAAGGUAUGUGUGUGAGUAAGUCUAUAAUCCUGUGACAGCUGAAGUCACUCUUCUUAUAGAAGCUGUAAAGACAAUGAUUAAGGGUUAGGGUUAGGGUGAUUAAGAUGUCC